ACCAAUCUCAUUUAUCAAAGAUAACCACCAAAAAUUCCAUUAAAAAUUCAAUUCCAAAUUCGAACCAAAUUUCUCAAAAUCAGUAAAAUAAAUAAACUCCGUCACCUUCAUCGGCGAUACACUCGCCGGCCAAAUUCUCUCUCCUCAAAACGCCAUGAACGCGCAGCACCACCAUGCUUCUCUUGGUCGAAGAACGUUGGAAGAAAUUCGGCAGAAAAGAGCUGCUGAGAGGAUGAAAAAAGUGUCUUCUGGAUCAGAUCUUAGUACUUCUUCUAACCCACCUGAUAAUGGUGGGAUCAAAAAAUCUGAUAGUGUUUCCAGGUUUUCCGAGAAUGAUAUUGGGAGUUUAGUAUCACAGUUGAAGGAUUUGCAAAAGAAGAAUUCUGAGUUUGAAGACGAGAACUACAGACUGAGCUCCAAGCUUCAGGAAAAAGAAGUGGAGUGUGAAUCAUUGCAGAAGCGUCUUAGUGAUCUGGAGCAAAAUACAGUACCUUCUUUGAGGAAAGCACUCAGGGAUGUUGCGAUGGAGAAAGAUGCAGCAGUUGUUGCACGGGAGGAUCUCUCAGCACAAGUUCGGACAUUGAAAAAGCGUUUCAAGGAGGCUGAAGAAGAACAAUAUCGAGCUGAAGAGGAUGCAGCUGCUCUAAGAGCAGAACUUAAUUCCAUUCAGCGACAAGCAUUCAAUGAUUCUGCUAGUAACAUGGCUUCUAUGGGAAACCCACCAGAUCACAUGCAUUCUUUGGAAAAGGAGUUAGCUAACCUAAAGUUAGAGUUAGAAAGAGAGUCAAAACUUAGGCAUCAAGAGCAACAAAGAUUAGAAGAAGAGCAAGUUAGGGUUUCUGCUCUUAUGUCAGACAAGCAGGACUUGGAAUUGAAGCUUGCAGAACUGGAAAGACAAAUAUCAGAAGAUGUUGCCGAAAAAUCAUCAUCGAAAGCAUUUACCCAGCAAGACAAGGAGAAGUUGGAGGGCCAGUUGCAUGAUAUGGCAAUAAUGGUUGAGAGAUUAGAAGGUGGGAGGCAGAAGCUUCUGGUAGAGAUCGAUUCUCAAUCUUCAGAGAUAGAGAAGCUCUUUGAGGAAAAUUCAAGUCUGACAUCAGCUUAUCAAGAGGCUGUGGGUAUCGCCUCACACUGGGAGAAUCAGGUCAAAGAAUGUCUCAAGCAAAAUGAAGAGCUACGAGGGAUGCUAGAUAAGCUGAGAACAGAACAAAUCAAUACUAUGUCGUCAAAUGGGGUGCAGUUGACUAACGGCUCUCCGGGGACAAACAAUUAUGGGAAAAGUGAUACUGAAUCACCUGAUACAAAUGAUAUACUGAAACUCAAGGGUCAACUGCUCAGGGAGCAAAGCAGAGCAGAGAGUUUGUCUGCAGAGGUCAUGCAACUUUCUUUGCAGCUGCAACAAACCUCACGGGCAUAUACGGGUCUUGCACGCCUCUACAAACCAGUGCUGCGAAAUAUUGAGAGCAAUUUGAUGAAGGUGAAGCAUGACGGAGUACUCCUGGCGAAAUGAUCUGGGAAUACUUAUUUUUGAUGUGUUAUACUUGAUAUCACAGAGACAAUGUACAAUUGAAAAGAAAAGUAGAUAUGAUACUUAUAUUGAGUUUGUGUUUUUUGUUUUUGGUGUAUUCUUUCCCAGGACUACAAUGUUUUGUUAUACUCCUUAGAGUCCUUACCAUAGAAACUUGAAGAAAAGAAUCUAUUGUUUUGAUUAAUCA